CGGGGCGCGGUCUGUACUGAGCAUGCUCAGUCGAGGGUCCGCGCUUGGGUGCGGGCUAGGGGUACACCCACGGCGCCCUGCCGACCGAGAGGACGCGGGGAGUCUGCCCUGGGGACGCUAUGGAGAAGUACCAGAUUUUGGACCAGCUGAGUCCUGGGGCCUUGGGGAUGAACCUGGUGGUGGAGAAAACAGAAAACAAAGUAAAGUACGUGAUAAAGCAGGUGCAGUGUAUUGAUGAGCAUCAUGCCAACGAGGCCUUGGAGGAGCUGAUGCCGCUGUUGGAGCUCCAGCACGCCCACAUCUCCGCGUACCAGGAGCUGUUCAUCAUAUGGAAUAGUCAGGAAACACAGAAAAGCCAAAAGGAGAGUUCACUGUGGAAGGAAAAGCAGCGUCCUCUGAGAGCCCCGAGUGGAGGCCCUGAGUGCCUCCCAGGCCAGGCUCCCCUGAGAGAGGAAAUGGACAUCUCCUCUCUGUUCCUCUGCCUGGUGAUGGAGUACAAUGAUGGAAGCUUCCAGGAGGUCAUUGAGAAGAAGAGGGAGACAAAGACAACCAUUGACUCUGAGUGGAUGCAGAAUAUGCUGGGCCAGGUGUUGGAUGCUCUGGACUACCUGCACCACUUAGACAUCAUCCACAGGAAUCUCAAGCCCUCCAACAUAGCCCUUGUCAGCAGCAGCCACUGCAAAUUGCAGGACCUGAGCUCCAAUGCGCUGAUGACAGACAAAGCCAAGUGGAACAUCCGCGCAGAGGAAGACCCUUGUCAGAAGUCCUGGAUGGCCCCCGAAGCCCUCCGCUUCUCCUUCAGCCAGAAGUCAGACGUCUGGUCCCUGGGCUGCAUCAUCCUAGACAUGGCCAGCUGCUCCUUCACAGAUAGAACAGAAGCCAUGCUGCUGAGAAAGUCCCUCCGGACCCUCCCAAAUGGCCUCAGGGGCAUCCUGAAGACUAUGGGGGAGAAGAACGUCCCCCACGCGCAAACCUUGGGUUCCCUUUUGCCUCUGAUGCUGCAGAUCAACCCCUCGGAGCGAAUAACAGUCAGGGAUGUGAUACGCAUCACCUUCGCGGGCAGCAGCGUCAGGUCCUCCAGCAUCCCUCUGUCUCUACACCAGCAAGCGGUGCCUGACUUCGUCACCGACAUGCUGCUGGAGGGCAACGUCGCCAACAUCGUAGAGGUCAUGCAGAACUUCUCCAGCAGACCCGAAGUCCAGCUCAAAGCCAUGGAGAGGCUCCUGAGAAUGCCCGAAGACCAGCUAGCUCUGCCGUGGCCCACAGAGCUGGCGGAGGUGCUGACCGCCAUCAUGACGCAACACGAGAGGGUCCUGGGCCUACAGCUGCACGCCUGCUCCCUGCUGCUGUGCACGCUGGGCCGAGCGCUGGCACAGGACCCAGCGGCCGAGGUGCCAAGUGACAGCUCUGUCACCUCCGUCCUGCUGAACUGCCUGCGGGUUCACCCGGAGUCGGAGCAGCUCCUGGUCACGGUCUAUGGCGUGCUCACCAUCAUCUCCAGCCAGGAGUCGGCCGCGGAGGCGCUGCAGCAGGCCGGGCUGCUGGAGCUUAUCCUGGAGCACCUGAGAACCUUCCUCACAAACAGGGACAUGUGCAUCAACGGCCUGAGCCUGCUCUGGGCCCUCCUGGCGGCCGCCGUCAUUGUGGACAAGACCCCCUUGGAGAGAGCCCCAGUCCUCGUCGCUGAGGUGCUGGCCGCCUACCCCACGGACGCGGAGAUGGCCGAGGCGGGCUGCGCGGUCUUCUGGCUGCUGUCCUUGCUAGGCUGCAUCAAGGAGCACCAGUUUGCAGAUGCGGUGACGCUGUUGCUGCGAAGCAUCCGGCUGUGCCAGGACAGAGUCCGGCUGGUGAACAACGCCUACCGGGGACUGGCCAGCCUCGCAAAGGCGUCCGAGCUGGCAGCACUGCAGGUGGCAAUGCCAGAGGAGGGCAGCAGCGGCCUCAGCCUCAUCCAGGACACGUACCAGCUGUACAGGGACGACCCGGAGGUGGUGGAGAACAUCUGCUUGCUGCUGGCUCACCUCGCGUCCUACGAUGACAUCCUGCCUGAGCUGCAGGCCAGCGGCAUCCAGCCCCUGGCCCGGGAGAUCAAGGAGCGCUUCACCUCCAGCCUGGAGCUGGUUUCCUACGCAGAGAAGGUGCUCCUAAGGCUGGAGGCCGGCCCGCCGCCCGGUGCUGCAGAACAGUCAGCUCUGCCCUGAGGAGGCAGACACCCCACAGCCUCCCGCCUCCCCAUACCUCCUCUCCUGCCCUUCCUUUCCUUGUCCAGCCCUGGAGCUGCCUGGUGAGCGGCUCUUCCCUUAGGUCAUGGGAGGGGGGUGUCCCCCUCACUCACGCAGACGUGCUGGGGGCAGCUCAGAGGACCGGUGGGGCCCUGGGGGCUCGAUUCGGCAGGCUCCACACAGACCUUGGCCCUGGACCCACCAGCGUGGCCCUUGUGGAAAAAGCGGCCCUUCCAGACCACCGUGAACGAGGGAAGUGUACCCUCCGCGCUCCAGCUCCAGUAAAAGCCUGUGUAUUACAUCCUC